AUGGAAGGCAAGAGUCGUCCACCAUCUAUCAAGGAGAGACUUGCUUCGCUUAAUGGUGCCUUCCCAAUCGAUGAAGCCGUGGUUGAAGCCUUGCCAGAGGGCUCUCAAUUUCUAUCUGUCGAGCACUUUGGCAACAGCGCUUGGACCGUCGCCUUCGAAGAUCACGGUAUGAUCAUGUUAAGAGGAGAGUACGAGUCAUCGAAGUUCAUUUGGAACCUCAUGAACGACUUUCUCCCCAAGCCAUACGGAUUCGGCAGGUAUAAGGUCUCACACCCGCCAACGUAUUUCUACCUGGCUGAAUUUGUGAAUAUGAAUGUCACCACAGCGCCUGAUCCAGCAGAGUUCACCCAACGUCUUGCACAAAUGCACAAGAUGAGCAAGUCGCCGACGGGCAAAUUCGGGUUUACGACGCAGACUUGCGAUGGACAAAUUGCUCAUACUGUCGACUGGAAAGAGAAGUGGUCGGACUUCUACAGAGACCUCCUCAUGGGGGUGUGUAAGAAAGACGUGGAGACCAAUGGGCCAUGGCCAGAGAUGGAACUGGCAGCGAAGCAAGUGGCUGACGUUGUAAUUCCGCGUCUCCUUGGACCGCUUCAAGAGAACGGGAGGACAUUAAAGCCCUGUAUAAUCCAUGGGGAUCUCUGGGAAGGAAACAUGGGAAUCAACACGAAGACAGGCGAUAGUUUACUCUUCGAUGUGGGAUCAUACUUUGCUCACAACGAAAUGGAGUUGGGCCAUUGGCGGUGCGAAUUCAGCACCGUGUUCCGAGAUAAGGUUUACACGGAACACUACCUGCAGAAUUACGCAGCUGCAGAGCCUGUGGAUGAAUUCGACGAUCGAAAUAGACUGUACAGUCUGAAAGGCGCCAUUAAUUACUCCGCCGGGCAUCCUGGUUGCUCCUUAAGGAAGACUGCCUACAACAACAUGUGCUAUUUAAUCGAGAAAUAUGCUCCUAUCGACGGUAUUGACCAAUAUGACCCUCACAUCGAUCCGUCAAUCACGGGGGCCCGGAUCACUCCUCAUUCUUCUGAGGGUUUGAUUUAG